AAUUGUUGAUCCAGUUGCUCAUGAUUCAUCUUAUCACGGAAUUUCAGUUGGAGAAGAAGAAUUCACAGAUACAAUUGAUUUUGAUUCUCUCAUGAAAUUCGGUUCUGCCUUUUUCCGCUGCUUCCAGAACUCCGCUGCUACGUUCGCCGCGAUCGACACAAGUACAAUCGAGGCGGACGAAGAUGAUGGACGAAUUCCUUCGAAUCGCAAUUUUAGCGUUUUCACUUACAAUGAACUGAAAGCUGCUACCCAUGGCUUCACGAACAAGCUCGGAGAGGGCGCAUUCGGCGCUGUUUACAAGGGACGGCUGAGCGGAGAUGGUAGAUUUAUAGCAGUCAAAGUUCUCACAGUUGAACUGGAAUCACUCCAAAAGGAGAGAGAAUUCGCCGCCGAGAUAACAGCUCUGUCAGAUAUCCGCCAUGAAAAUCUGGUUAACCUCAGAGGAUGCUGCGUCGAUGGAGCUCAAAGGCUUCUGGUUUAUGAUUAUAUGGAGAACAACAGCCUCAGCCACACAUACCUCGGAACAGAGCAGAACAGAGCAAAAUUCACAUGGAAACUGAGGAAAACCAUAGCAUUAGGCAUCGCCAAGGGGAUUUGUCACCUCCACGAAGAAGUGAAUCCUCACAUUGUGCACAGAGACAUCAAGUCCAGCAACAUACUUCUGGAUCACAACUCCACGGCUAAGCUCGCGGAUUUCGGCAUGGCGAAACUGUUCCGAGACGGCGAAUCGCACAUUAGCACUCACGUCGCCGGAACAUUAGGUUAUCUAGCUCCGGAAUACGCGUACACUGGUCGUCUAACACGAAAAUCAGAUGUGUACAGCUUCGGAGUGCUUCUGCUGGAAAUCAUCAGCGGACAACCUGUUGUUGGUAUCCAUAUCGACUAUGGCGAACAGUUCUUAGUAGAGAAGGCAUGGGAAUUGCACAAUGCUAAUAACCUUUUGGAGCUGGUGGAUUGUGCUUUAAAGGGCGAAUUUUCGAGGGAAGAAGCAGCCCGGAGUCUCCGGGCCGGGCUGCUCUGCGUGCAAGAGUCUGCAAAACGGAGGCCUACAAUGUCCGACGUUAUAAAGAUGCUAUCCAACCAGAUUGAUGCUGAUAGCAUUGAGAUAUCACGGCCGGGACUCAUAGCUAAUCUCAUGGAAGUCAAGAUACGGAAGAAGCAAUGACAAUGACAAUAACCAGGUUAAUUUGUUUCCCAUCAACUUUUGCAAUUGGAACAACUUCUUUUAAAAACACGGUAGCAUAGGUGUACAUAGAAGAUUUAAUACCGUAGAUUGUAACAAUUAUUUGUAAAGAUGAUGUCUUUUUCCGCAAAAUGUUAAUUCCUCCUUCUUACUUAAUUUGUCUACUAUUUCUAUUUUUGUUUGUCUUACUUAAUUUGUUAUUUUUUUUUUAAAAUAUAAUUAUACACUUUAAUCACAUUCUAAAAUUUAUAAUCCAUAAUUUAUAAUUUUUUUUUUAUUUUAACAAAACUAUUUAAUAAUCUUAAUCUUAAUAUAGACUUAUUUUUAUUAAAUCAUCAUUAUUUUUAAUAAUACACUUUUUAAUUACUCACUAAUAACACAAUACUUAAAACUCAGUGUCUAAUCUUAAAUGGAACAAAUUAGUCGGAAGAGAGAGUACACACUAAAAUAUUCUUAAAAUAAUUUUUUUUAAAAAAAAAAAAUAACAAAACAAACAUGUAAAUAAUUUGAUGUGAAUUUUUUCAGUAGGGAUGAAAAUUUCGGGCCAGCCCGGUCCAAUUUAUUUCGAGUCGGGACCUGCAUGAUUUUAUAUUGGACCUAGAAGUUCAGGCCCUGUUACAGCCCCAUUUUAAUUUUUUUAUUUUUCAAUUUAUUUUUGAAAAAAAAAAUCCGAUAAAAAUACAAAAUCAAACUCCCAAAAAUACAUAUACAUAUAUAUAAUACUAGUAUUAGUUUAGAACAUGCUAGAACAUGCUAUAAUUAGUAGAGACAAAACAGGUGGUGCCUGAUGACGU